AUGGCAGCGGGCGCAAGCGUCGCGCAGCAGCGGUGGGAACUGGAGAACGCCGUUGCGUCCACAUCCGCCAGCGAGGCCGAUGGGCUUUACAGGUAUGACCUUCAGGAGCAGCAGACCAUCCAACAGCAGAAGCCCUGGCAGAAAGAUCCCCAGUAUUUCAAGCAUGUGCGCAUGUCGGCUCUGGCGCUGCUCAAGAUGGCAAUCCAUGCGCGGUCUGGCGGCAACCUGGAGGUGAUGGGCCUCAUGCAGGGGAAGGUGCAAGGUGACACGUUUGUGGUCAUCGACAGCUUUGCGCUGCCAGUGGAGGGGACGGAGACCCGCGUGAACGCGCAGGCGGAGGCGUAUGAGUACAUGGUGGAUUUUGUAGACAGCACCAAGUGUGUGGGGCGCCCCGAGAACGUUGUGGGCUGGUAUCACUCUCACCCUGGCUAUGGCUGCUGGCUCUCAGGCAUCGACUGCUCCACUCAGAUGCUCAACCAGCAGUUCCAGGAGCCCUUCCUCGCAGUGGUGGUGGACCCGGUGCGCACCAUGGCCAGCGGCAAGGUCGAGAUCGGCGCCUUCAGGACCUACCCCGAGGGCUACAAGCCCCCUGACGAGGGGCCCAGCGAGUACCAGACCAUCCCCCUUUCAAAGAUUGAGGACUUCGGUGUGCACGCAAAGCAGUACUAUUCGCUGGACAUCACCUUCUUCAAGUCGUCCCUCGACGCUGCCCUGCUGGACCUGCUGUGGAACAGCUACUGGGUCAACACCCUCAGCGCGUCACCCCUCGUCGGCAACCGGGAAUACACAGCUGGUGGCAUCAGCGACGUGGCAGAAAAGCUGGAGCAGGCUGAGUCCACCCUGUCUCAAGGGGCACGGAUGGGUCGCUACGUCGGCGCGGCAGCAGCCAGUGGCAAGAAGGGCGGUGGUGGGGGUGACGAGGGGCCCCUCAACAAAAUUUGCCGGGAUGUGGGCAAACUAAGCGCCGAGCAGGUGAAGGGCCUCAGCAGCCAGCUGGUCAAGGCGUUGCUCUUCAACUGCAACCCCCUGCAACAGGCAGCAGCGGCCGCUGCACAGGCUGGAGGCGGCGAUGGUGCUGGUGAUGGUUCUGGCGCAGGCGCGGCAGCGGUGUCAGAGCAAGCGGGGGGCGAGGAGGCACCCAUGGAGACAUAA